AGUGUUCCAAAAUGAAUUUAUAUAAAAAAGUUUGAAAUUGAUUGGAUUGGGGAAGAGAGUGGUUGGUGUUGUGUGUGGAGAAGGCGCAGCCGACUGAAAUGUCGUGCUUAACAGAACACUGUAAAGCUGAUCUCACUCUGUCUCAUAUAAACCUCAGAAGAUGUCUCUGUUUAUAUUCUCUCUGACUCUCUUCUCUCUCUUAAUCUGUUUCUCCCAUAAAAUCCCCCUCACCCACCCUUCACAACCAAAAACUCCUCACACAUAUCACACUCAACCCAAAACAAAAAAACUAAAAUUUUUCACUUUAACAAAUGCCGUCGUCGAAUUCCGGCGAGAGCCGCCGAGCGAGCAAGCCGCAUCGAUCGGUGGCGGCGCCGCCGGUCGAGCCAGAGAACCUCCCCUGCCCGCGGUGCGACUCCGCCAACACCAAGUUCUGCUACUACAACAACUACAACUACUCCCAGCCGCGCCACUUCUGCAAGUCCUGCCGCCGCUACUGGACCCACGGCGGCACCCUCCGCGACAUCCCCGUCGGCGGAGGCAGCCGCAAGAACGCCAAGCGCUCCCGCACCCACCACGCCGCCGCCGCCACAUCGUCGUCCUCCUCCACCUCCUCCGCCACGACGUCAGCGCACGAACACCACAACGCGCACACGUUAACCGCAUUGGCUCCCGUUACCGCCGCCACGCACUUCGGACAUGACGGCGACGUCAAACAGACUAACGGUAACGCUUGCGGGAGCUACACUUCGUUGCUGAACAACACCCAGGGCUCCGGGUUUUUCGCCCUCGGUGGGUUUGGGCUUGGGCUUGGACACGGGUUUGACGACAUGGGCUUUGGCAUUGGGAGGUCGGGCUGGGCAUUCCCCGGAAUGGUGGACAAUGGCAACAUUGGCGGCGCCAUUGCGUCUUCUGGAGUCAACACGUGGCAGUUAGAGAGUGGCGAAGGUGGGUUCGUUGGCGGAGAUUGCUUCUCUUGGCCUGGGCUUGCGAUUUCAACACCGGGAAAUGGUCUCAAAUGAAGUGAAAACGUGAAAUGCAACUUUUUUAUUUUAUUUUAUUUUUUUACUUUUUCUGGUUUGGGACUUUGGGUGGAAUGGAAGGUGUGUUUAUGGUUUUACUAUUUGCAGGUAUAAUCAUAUGUGAAAUUUGAAGCACAGCUAUGACUUUUUCUUUUUUCUU